CGAUUGCUGACCCUGUUAGCGGCCACGGCGGCCCUCUUCAAGCCAGCUUUCUCAGCCCAGCCAUGCCCCUUCAACCCUCUCUGCGUCUGCAGCCACGAGGUCGUUAGAGAUGUCGUCUGCGUCUCGGUGCCCUUCUCCACCUUCCCGGGCAACCUGGGCGACUGCGAGAAUGGACAGGUCACCCUUGCCCGGUCCGGGCUUGAAGUCCUCCAGAACGACUCCCUGGCAGGCACGCGGCUGUCCACAUUACGACUGAUGCACAACUCGCUGAGCAGAAUCUUCCCCUGCGCCUUCUGCGGAGUCGAAGACAACCUCGUGUCCCUCGACCUCAGUCACAACGUCUUGAGGGCACCGCCACUUCAUCAACUCAAGAGGCUACGUCACCUCCAGUGGCUCAACCUCCAAUCCAACCGCAUCGAAGACUUGAAGCGCGGCGAGUGGGAAGACCUCUCCAAGACGGUGUCUCUUCGGAGUCUCUUCCUAGGCGACAACCGGAUAAGAGUGGUGCGCGAUGGCAUCUUUGCCAACUUCACCGACCUCAUGACCCUGGAGUUGGACAAGAACCUCAUUAGCGACCUCACCGGGUCCCCGUUUCCGCCCAGUCUCACCCGGCUCAAUCUGGCCAACAACUUGCUGGACCAGGUGCCUCACCUCGCGUUCCGAGAGCUAAGGUCGUUGACGUCACUCUUCUUGGGCGGUAACUUGCUGAAGACGCUUCCAGCAACGUGGUUCCUUCCGGUCCGCCAGCUGGACACGCUGGACCUGAGCCGCAACUUGAUGGAAAAGCUUCCGGACAAGCUAUUCAACGGUUCCGUCCUAUUGAGGGACUUGCAUCUAGAAUUUAACUUUCUGACAGAACUUCCGGAAGGCCUGUUCCGCAGUGUGUCCGUGGAGCGGCUGUCGCUCGCCAAUAAUAGACUGUCUUCCAUCGCGGAGCACGCCUUCGGUGGACUCGAGUCCGUCCUGGUGGUGCUCGACCUCAGCUUCAACCUGUUCCGUCGUUUUCCGUCGGCGGUGAAGGCACUGACAUCGCUCUCCAUGUUCUACCUCCGUGGCAACUCCCUCAGCAGCCUCGAGCCGGCGGACAUCUCCAGCUUUCGGCGCUCCAUCGAAGUUCUCGAUCUUUCCGGGAAUAAGUUUGUGCGCGUUCCUCAAAGUGCCUUAAGAACUACCGAACGUCUCUCGAGACUCAGCUUGCAAGACAAUCGAAUACAGGUCCUCUAUCCGAACGACUUCAAGUCGUGGGGCCACAACCUCACGACCUUAAGCCUCGCGAACAACGGCAUCCGCAGCCUCUCCGAGGAAACUUUCGUCCACCUAACACAACUACGGGAGCUAAAACUUUCGUUCAAUAAUAUAUACUUCGUAGACUAUUACGUGUUCCUCCCGCUCCGAUCUAGCUUGGAAGUUCUGGAGUUGAGCUCGACGCUAGGACAGCGGUUUUUUCCGCUCGAACUUAUUCGACACAUGAAGAAGGUUCGGUGGCUACAACUGGAUCACAACCAAAUGUUGAACCUCACCGACUCCUACCUUCAAGGAUUGCCCUCCCUCAUUCACUUCGAUCUGGAGGGAAACAGAAUAGGACACAUAACUCCCGGUUUUUUCAAAGACAAGAUUCACCAGAAGCUGAACAGGAUCGUUCUGGCCCACAACGAGCUGGUUGCCGUGGAGACCGCAACCUUCAGGAAACUCUCGAGGCUUGCCAAUGUUGUUCUACUCGGAAACAGGAUCCGGAUGUUAAGAACUAGGUCAUUUGAAGGCUUGCCGAGACUUCACACCGUUGUUCUGUCCAGGAACAGGAUAGAGAUCAUCGAAAGUGAAGCAUUCUAUAACGUGCCGAGGCUUUCAAAUCUCCUCUUGCAGAACAACAACUUGACAGUGUUUAGCUUGGAUUGCUUGAAUAACUCCGGUGUCAGCAAUCUGUUCAUGAACCUUUCACAAAACGCCCUUACAACUCUUCGGGCGCCGGUUCCAAACUGGGAUCUAAAUGACACAAUGACGAAAUACGGUGUCCACACUUUAGACUUGAGUCACAACCAGCUAAGUGAAGUGGACGAACACUUCUUGGCCAGCAUGGGGGCAUCGCUAUUGAAUCUACACGUGUCGCACAACAAGCUAACGGAAGUUGACCAACUUCUGACUGACCUGAGCGCACUACAAACUUUCCACGCAAGCCAUAACUUCAUCACGAACAUCAGCUUGGGAGCCUUCCAGUUUACAACGGCUCUCCAGGUCAUCAGCCUCAACCACAACGAAAUCGACCAGAUCGACGCCUACGCUUUCGGUAACCUGACCAGGCUCCGAAUUCUGGACCUGAGUCAUAACUUCGUGUCUCUCCUGCCCUCCGAUGCCUUUGAAAGCACGGCCCUGGAACGCGUCAACCUGUCCUUCAACAACAUCACCCGAUGCCCAUCCGCGGCCUUGAUGCCUGUCAAGGGAUCUCUGCGUCUGCUGGACCUAACGGGAAACAAGAUCACUAGCGUCGCAUCCGGGGACUUCGAACCUUUCCACUCCCUCAUAGCCUUGAACUUGUCCAGAAAUCCGCUAGUCAUCAUUUCGGACGAUGGCUUCAGGGGACUUGGUCAGCUUAUGCACCUGGACCUUUCUCAGAGCCCCAUCUUCAGCAUCAACAAGGUGUCUCUGCAGACGCUGAAGACCCUGGAAAACCUCAAGUUGAAGAACUGUAGCCUCAGUAAGCUGCCUCCGCUACCUCUUAAGAGGCUGGUGUCCUUGGACGUUUCGGACAACUUCUUCUUCAACCUAUCCACUGAGUCGUUUUUCCACCUGAGGAACCUGCGGCACCUGGACUUGUCCGGUAACCUUCUGGAAGGCGUGCCUCAUCAUCUCUGGCAGUUUGUCCCGAUGGUGCAGUCGUUGGGCUUGUCCAGGAAUCCAGUUGGGUUUCUGACCACGGACAGUUUUGCGGGAGUACGGCUACUGCGAGAGCUGGAUAUUAGACAUCUUCAGCUCAAGUUCCUGGACCCCAGGUCCCUUCAGGGACUUCGGUCCCUGACCAUCCUCAAGACGACCACCUACUCGGGAGUGCGGUCCUUCCGGCUACAGGAGCUGGUGUCUCAGCUGGACUCUCUCCGCCGGGUCCUGAUCGAGGUCGAGGAGCCCGUCCUGUCCCACCAGCUCCAGUGGGCCUUCGGCGCCAAGGUGUCCGAGCUCACGCUCACCGGCCGCAAGCUCAGGGUCAUCUUCCCGGACGCACUCUUGGGACUGCACAGCACUCACGAGCUGGUGCUUCGGUUGACCGGCACCAGCAUCCGGCGGCUGCCGGCCGGGUUGCUCCGGUACCUGGCGGACGUGAGGUACCUCACGCUUGACCUCAGGGGCAACCUCCUGUCUUCCAUGGGUCCGGAGGUACUGAGGCCAGCUGGGGACGACGGCUCGGCUCUCUGGAAGGGCACGCAGCAUCUGGCUGGGGGAAUUCGUCUCGAGGACAAUCCGUGGGUCUGUGACUGCCGCCUCCUCUGGCUGAGUCAGUGGCUUCGACGUUGGCUGCGGGAGACCCUCCGAGUCCAGAUGCUGAAUUUCGAUGCCGCCAUUUACGUCCACAACCUGGCCAGGCAGAGCGAGUGCGCCUACCCCGGAAGCUCCCUCCGCAUACCCAUCAUCGACCUGCAAGAGGAAGACCUGCGGUGCACGUCCCAGGCUGUGACCAUUUCAUCCACGGUUACGUUGGUCACAAUGGGAACGCUGUCUUCUGUGGUCUUCAGGACUAUAAGCUCCAGGAGCCUCUAAGAGACAAAAGCUCCUGGUACGCUUAAUGAAGAGUAAGCAUACGAUAAUUGUUGCACGGUCACUCUUAUACAAUGUCUGGUGGCCUAAGGCUCCGGCUAUAAGCAGACGACAACCGUUGCACAGGCCAUCUCCUGCAACGUUUGGUGUUCUAAGGCUCCUGGUGUAAGCAGAUGAUAACUGUUGCAUUACUCCAAUGUCCAUGGCGUCCUAACUUUUUGUCAGCGACCGUAGCGACAUGUACAAAUUUGAUUGGUCUGUAGUAUUUCUAAAAGUACCUGAAACACGUUACAGCAGUACAUAUCUGAUGGUGCUGUUUGCACAUCAUCACCGGUGACCAUCGUAACCCGGCCGAAUUUCUUCUCUAUGCUCAAUGCCCUGGUGACGUUUUUGUCGGUGGGUUCGAGACUUGAAAAGUUAACAGACACUUGUAGCUGGGGACGUGGGGAUGGUCUUCGUUAUACUUUGGAUGUGGGAAAAUGAUACCUGGGUGGUUAUAGUGUCAUUCUUGUUUUUGCAGAUUUGAUGCGUCUAGAACUUACAAGCCACACAUAAGAUGACACUCCGUUAAUGGCACAUGUUUUCUCUGGCAACCGAGAAAAUGUGAAUACGAAGUGCAUAAAUACUAGAAAGAGCAAGCCAAGACGCAACCUAUUGUCAUGGCGAUGAAUUUAAAGUGGUAAUAGCUGUACAGACUUAUAUAAUAAUCGGAGUUGAUAUUUAUUUUCAAGGUUACUUUCUCCAGUUUGCCUUCAACCGUAACACUUUUUGUAUAUUUUCAAAGAAGUCGGGGAAGAACUCCUCCAUCUUCUUUUUUUCUGUCUGCCGAAUCUGCUAGAGAGUGAGUUAUGAAAAAAAACAAAAACAUUAGGUCUCUGUUUAAGUUCUUCUAAAAACGCCAGAAAAGCAAUAUAUAGCUUAAAUAUAUUGCUCUUGUAUAUUUAUUUAGCAAAAUAUUUACAUGCAAUAUACAUUUAGUAUGCUUCAAAUAUAUUUUCAAUAUAUGAACCAUAUGUUUAAUAUAAUUUUAAUGGACUUGGAACUUUGUUUUUGUUGGGUGCUGCAUGAAUCAACUAAGUCUGACCAGUGCGCUUCGCAUAUUUAAUAUAUAUCUAAACGUCCUAUUGUUAAACUGAAAACAUACUUUAAGUAUGCCUUCCAAGUUUUUUAUAAGAAUAUAAAAUUUUUAGAUUUUCUCAAGGGUCGAGAACCUUCAGUGCUGUAACCUUGCCCCACAAACAGAAAAUAAUUGCCUCAGGACGACGCUUAGUUCAUGGUUCCAACAUAAACAGAGUUAAGAAUACGCAGUGCAGAUAAUAUUGGGGUUAACUGACGACGAGAAAACGACAUCGACACUAUCCUAACUUUGUUUUGCGUAACAUGUGCAAAUAAGGGUAGUCCCACUAGAUAGUCAAUACGAUGACAUAGCUGAGAAAGAGUCAUAGGAAAUGACAAAACAUUUCCAAGGUAGUGCAGAAGCCUAGUGAAGACUGUGCAGACCUUAUCAAAUUAAACACUUGCAGGAACGGGCAAACACUAGCAGACACGCCAAAAGGUGGAGCCACUUAUUAGAACGCAUGUAAAACAAACAUGGUUGAAAUGUUAACAUACAGUAGUUUAGUAUUGAAAGACCAGCAGAGCAAGAUAUGAUGAUUUAUGACCGAAAAAACUUUUAGAUAUGCCGAAUCUUGAGCAAUCUGUAACACUCAUUAUUUCGUUGACUGCCCACAUACUACUUGCUCCAUUGUCACACAAAAGAAACAUAAGUGGUACUUUACGAGCGUGUUGGUAUAUGAUAGCAGUAUUUCUUGUUAUCAUCCUUCGAAUGAAAACAGCUGUUCACAUUCUAGUGAAGCCACCCAAGAGACAGCCCGGACCGAGAGCCAGAAAAAACUCUGCCAGUGAAGAUGAAACAGAUGAACAAAGGUGGCACUCAAUAAGGUUAAAAUAUAGCAAGAAAGACAAUAAAUGAUGUCGUGGAGGCUAAGCUUUAAUGUUCAUAUUGUUCAGAUGGAAUGCUGUAUAUACCUAUUUUCAGCUAACACGAUUCGUUGAGGGUACAUGGUACAAGGUAGGGGAUGUUUCCAUCCCCGCACGUGUAGUGAUAGCAUUUUCGAAACAUGACGAUUAAUCAUUCGAUGUUCACAAGAGGUGUGAAUGGUUGUUUCUGUGUGCUUACUUCGGCGAGUUGUGCGACUAUAUGGCAUGUCUGCGCCACGACCCAACUGCAAUGAACUUCCGACCCCUCCAUGACAUGUGAGAGACAGACAACGGAUGUGGUGGCCUUUCCAUGUGAAUUGGAUGCUAGUUUGCGCCAUCUGUCGACUGUGGACACAGUGAACAGAGUGUAGACUUCCCUCGCAGUCACUAGACGUUUCGGUAAAUGAUUAAAGCAAACUAAAUGUCAACAUUUCCUUUUCUUUCUUUUUCUACCUACAAGCCAUCGAAAAAGGUGACUGACCCAUACUGGUCACCUUGAAACUGAAGACGUGACAUGUGUG